UAUUUGUCCACUAGGUGGAACCAAUGUCUUAUUAUAUACUGUUGUCUACGAAAGAUGGCGAGCGGAGUCGGGAAACACAAGAUGCAGGCGGUUGGGCCGAAAGAACCAUGGUCAGUGAGAGAAAAACUGUGCCUUGCAUCAUCUGUUAUGAGAAGUGGAGACCAAAACUGGGUCUCAGUAAGCCGAGCCAUCAAGCCUUUCUCUGAGUCUGGGCGCCCCCCUGACUGGUUUUCCCAGAAGCACUGUGCCUCUCAAUACUCUGAGCUGCUGGAGACCACAGAGGCCCCAAAGCGUAAACGUGGGGAGAAGGGAGAAGUGGUGGAAACUAUUGAGGAUGUUAUUGUAAGGAGACUAACCGCUGAGAGGAUAGAGGAGCUGAAGAGACUGCUGAGAGAGACACAGGAGAAAUACAGGAAGCUUAAAAAGGAGGUGGAUCUGAUCCAGAGUGGUCACCUGGACUCCCAGCUGAUGGAGCUGUGGGCAGAGGUUUCCCAAAAGAAGAAGCAGGAAGAAGAGGAGGCAGACUUAAAGAAGAAGGCAACAGAAACAGCCUAUCAGGCUCGCCAGGCAGUGAAGAACACCCCCAAGCGGGUGCCCAGCGUGACGGUGCGCUCCCCCCUGGGGGCCAGCCCCGCCAGCCUGGAGGGCGCCCAGGUCGACGCCCCUGCACCCCCCAUGGACACAGCCACGCCCUCCACCGAGGACACCUCAGCUAAUAGCGUGGCCCAGGUUGUAGGUGUGUUCCUGCCUGCUUCCGAGACUCCAGCGGCAGGGCCUAAAGAGGGAAGCUUGGGGCCUCUGGUAGACGACUCCCCACAGAAGAGGCUUCUCAGUCAGAAGUCCACCCCGCCACCCUCCCCCCUCCUCUCUGAGUUGCUGAAGAAAGGCAGCCUAAUAUCUUCUAGUCCGAGAUUGGUGGUCGAUGGAGAAGCUGGAGCUGGAUUGGCUAAUGGAGUUCCAGCUGCCAUUGCUGCUAUCCCCGCAGAUACGUCUUCCUUGUCUCGUCCAAUGGAAAGUCUUGUUCCCCCCACCACUGUUGCUCCUCCCCCUCCCCUGGCCAGCCCUGUUCCACCCAGCUCAGAACCAGGAGUUGAGGCUGUAAAGGUGGGGCCAGAGCUUGGCGAGGAGGCGGGGCUUGUAGAGGAAGAUUUGGUGUCCGUCUCCUACAUGGGGGACGAGCUUGACCUGGAGACAGUGGGGGACAUCAUCGCCAUCAUUGAGGAGAAGGUGGAUGACUCUGUGGAGGCUCUGGACGCGGCGGCGGUGGAGGCCGCUCUCUCCCUCUGUGAAGAGGCCGUCUCUGGGGGACACUCCCUCUCCGGCCCCUGGGAGUCCCAGGAGGCGUCAGAGCCGGGGGCCACAGUACAAGCAGAUCCCAUUCAGGAGCUUCAGGACGGGGAUACAACAGAAGCUAACCCCGGGGGGAUGGAGCCUCAGGGACAAACGGAGGCAGAAACUGAACAGGAGCAGCCAGAGGAGGAGAGGGGGGAUGAGGGGGUUGAAAGCCAGGAAGUUGGGGGCACUGAUGGUGUCACUCCCUCUGUUGCCCUUGACAACAGCCCGGCAGGAAAUGAGGUCACAGAGGAUGAGGUUACCGGAGAGGAAGGGACACUGUGCGCCACUGUGAAAAGUGAAGGUGAAGAGUGGACACAGCCGGAACCCCCUUGUCUAGACUCAGAGGAUAGUUCUAUCUCGGGAAAGGAGUCCAAGGAGGUGAAGGAUGAGGACGCAGGAAGCGAUGGAGAUCCCGACGAAGGCAUGGAACUGAAGGAGGAACUAGGAGAGGGGGAGGGGCACUACCUGUCAGAAGUGGAGCCAGCAGCCAGUGAGAGCGAGGACGGCUAUGGCCUCUCCUCCCAGCGCUACACCACAGCCGAUUCGCUGGCCAGCAGCCCCGCCUCCUCUCAGUUUUCUAUAUGUGGGGAGGACCAGGAGGCUGUCCAGGCUCAGAAGAUCUGGAAGAAAGCCAUCAUGCUGGUGUGGAGAGCAGCGGCCAAUCACAGAUACGCCAGUGUGUUCCUGCAGCCUGUGUCCGACGACAUCGCCCCCGGUUACCACAGUAUCGUACACAGGCCCAUGGACCUGUCGGCCAUCAAGAAAAGCAUAGAGUCUGGUCAGAUCCGCACCACGGCCGAGUUCCAGCGCGACAUCAUGCUGAUGUUCCAGAACGCCGUCAUGUACAACAGCUCGGACCACGACGUGUUCCACAUGGCGCUGGAGAUGCAGCGCGACGUCCUGGAGCACGUGCAGCAGUUCCUCGCCACGCAGCUCAUCAUGCAGACCUCCGAGUCGGCCGUCAGCACCAAGAGCCUGCGGGGCCGCGAGGGGGGCCGCAAGCCCGGGGAGCCUGUCGAGAAGGACAGUGUCCCAAUGGCUUCUCCCGCUUUCCUUCUCUCUCUCUUUGUAAGUAUUCAGGUCAAAGGUCAAACGUCACCAGGUCAAGUCACGCGCAUACUCUGUUUCAACGUCUCUGUUACACACACAGACAGGCUUCCAAUACACGUACACACGCACACACACACUAACUCACCCGUGUUUACAUCAGUCACACACACUAAAUACAUCCACCCUCUCCUCCGACAUGCUCUGAACACUCUUAACACUCGUCACCCAAGUCGUGGACCUUCAGUAACCGUUUCUGGAACAGACCCAUUCUGGUUAUGUAUGUUUGUGUGUGUAAGGUGUGUGUGUACGUUUGCGUGUGGUUCCUCAUUUUCCUUCUCGUGUACCCAGUGGUUCUCCUGGACGUGACUCUUUGCAUGUCUGGUUCACAGUGUCGUUCUGUUUUCGGUUGAUUAUCAUUUUAUUUUUUCCUUUCUUUGAAUCUUUUCAUUUUUAUAUAUUUUUUCUCCUUCUUUUCCUCUGACGGACAGCAGAGAUCGUCUUGUGUUAUGUGCGAGCCAAUUGCAAGCCACCCCUGGGUUUUUUUUCCAGGAUGCUGUUUGGUCAUCUUUCAACUUUGACCUUCCCCUCCUCCCUUCCAUCUCUCUAUUUCUUCACAGGACGGGGGCACCAGGGGGCGCCGUUCUGCCAUCGAAGCUGACCUCAAGAUGAAGAAAUAAAGAGAAUGUCCCAAACCAAAAGGUCAGGCCGUUUAAAGAGAGACUUGUCGGAGAUUGGUCCGAUGAGAUCACAGAAUGUUUUGUGGAAUAGCUUCUGUUCACUGUUGUUGAUGGGUUAUACAUUUUGUCUGGUCACUCGUGUCUGCCAGGUGCAGUGUCUGUGUGUGCGCGCGGGCGUGUGAGUGCGCACCUGCGUCCGUGUGUGUGUGUGUGCGUGUGUGUUCUAUGUAGUCCUUAUUCCCAGGCCAUCUGAAAUGUGUCAGUGCUCUCUUUAUAAAAUACCAAUAGAAAGCCAGCACACCAGUUAUUCAAGUGUAAAAUUGAUCUAGAUUGACAGUUAGCACUGGUAACCAGCAGCUUCGCAGAACUGAAUGUGUUUUAUUAAAGUAUGGAGUAUGCCUGAACCUUCUGAAUCAACCUCUGCCCCCACCCACAACUACACACUGGUGUAUAUUUGAAGUUACAUGAUGGGUCAAAUCCGUACAGUAACAGCUCUAUUUGCCCUCUGAUAGGCCAAGUUAAUUUGUUGUCAUGGGACAUCUCAUGACAACAAAUCCCAUGACAACAAAUUAACCUGGCCUAUCAGAGGGAAGAUAUAUAUAUCUAUCUAUAUAUAGGCAGGAUUGAUGAGGAAUUUCUUUCUGUUGACACAGGAGGGUGAGGGCCUUGUUUGUUGUGUAGGUUUUAGCCAAUAACUACAACAUAUGCUGCAAGGAAUCAUGUGUGUUCACCAUGUGUUAGAGGGAGUACAAAAGAGUAGUUUUGUACUUGUGUUGGACAUUGUGUACUGUACAUUUUGUUAAUUUCAUUUCAUAGUGCGUUUUGUUGUAAAAUUGUUUAUUAAAAGAUAACUGAUAUUACUCAGA